UCCGGAAUGUGCACCCGAAUAACUGUCCCGGUCGGCUUCUCAUAGCGCGACCAACUCAUCGCUCCUCUCCGAUCAUUCAGCAAAUACUUUAGUUAUUGAGUUUGUUUGUUUUUUUUAGCUGACACCAACAUGCCUUUAAAGUUUGAACUGUGUCCCGGGAGGACGAUUGGAGGCAACCAUCCGUGUUUUAUUAUCGCCGAAAUCGGACAAAACCACCAGGGAGACAUCGAGAUUGCCAAGAAAAUGAUCAAAAUGGCGAAGGACUGCGGUGCUGAUUGUGCCAAAUUCCAGAAAAGUGAACUGCAGUACAAAUUUAACAAACAUGCCUUAGAACGCCCCUACACGUCCAAACACUCCUGGGGGGCCACUUAUGGAGAGCACAAGCGCCACCUGGAGUUCAGCCAUGAGCAGUACAGGGAGUUGCAGAAAUAUGCCAAGGAAGUGGGAAUCUUCUUCACCGCCUCAGGAAUGGACGAGAUGGCAGUAGAGUUUCUCCAUGAGCUAAAUGUGCCUUUCUUUAAAGUGGGCUCAGGAGACACCAACAACUUUCCGUAUCUGGAGAAGACGGCAAAGAAAGGACGUCCCAUGGUGGUUUCCAGUGGGAUGCAGUCCAUGGAGACGAUGCGUCGGGUGUACAAGACGGUGAAAGAGCACAACCAAAACUUUGCCAUCCUGCAGUGUACCAGCGCCUACCCUCUUGAGUCUGAGGACGUCAACCUCAGAGUGAUCACAGAAUACAUGAAGGAAUUCCCAGAUAUUCCAAUUGGAUAUUCUGGCCACGAGUCUGGAAUCAGUAUUUCAGUGGCAGCUGUUGCUUUGGGGGCAAAAGUCAUCGAGCGCCACGUGACACUGGACAAGACGUGGAAGGGAAGUGAUCACGCGGCGUCGCUGGAGCCCGCUGAGCUGGCCGAGCUGGUUCGCUCUGUCCGAGUGGUGGAGAAGGCACUGGGUAGUGGCGUCAAGAGGAUGCUUCCUUGUGAGAAGCCAUGCCAUGAAAAGCUGGGGAAGUCUGUGGUGGCCAAGGUGAAGAUCCCCAAAGGAACUGUCCUCACCCUGGACAUGUUGGCGGUGAAGGUGGCCGUGCCCAUGGGUGUAGCUGCUGAGGACAUCUUCCAGCUGAUUGGCAGGGUUGUCACUGAAGACGUGGGAGACGAUGAGAGUGUCACACCAGAGCUGGUGGACAGCUAUGGGAAGAAGCCCAAAUGCUGACAGUAUGAAAGCAAAGCACUUAAAUGAUGAGGACAUUAAUCAAAUGGGAAUAAUUUGGUGGGUGAUUUGUUUUCUUGUUUAGUUUCAGUUACCAGGAACAGGAGGAGGGUAAUUGCCCUCAGAGGUGACACAAAGCCAGCUCGCUUCUGUUCCCUAAAAGCAAUCAUGCACUGAUGAAAAAUAAAUCAACAACAUGAUUAUGA